AUGACAGCAGCAGAUGUUUGUGGAGCUGGCAUGAAAAUGGCUUCUCAGUGGAACACUGCCCGUGUGAGCAGUGCAGAGAGGAAGGUGCCCCACACCCGUAUGGAGGAUGAGGCUGACCUCCAGCAAAUAUACUCAUUUGGGAGGAAAUUAGGUCAAGGUAGCUUUGGGGUCGUCUGUGAAGCCACCCACAACGGGACAAGGCAGAAAUGGGCUAUUAAGAGGGUGAACAAAGAGAAGGCUGGAAGUUCAGGUGUCAAACUGUUGGAACGGGAAGUGAGCAUCCUGAAACGUGUGAACCAUACACACAUAAUACAUCUGGAGGAAGUCUUUGAAACACAAAAGAGGAUGUAUCUGGUUACGUGUGAGGGAGGGGAGCUGAAGGAGCUCCUUCAGAAGAACACACGCUUCACAGAGGAGGAGACCAGGCACAUCAUCAACAGCCUGGCUGAGGCCAUCGUCUACCUGCAUAAGAAGGACAUAGUUCACCGAGACCUGAAACUGGAGAUCAUUCUAGUGAAGAGUUAUCAUGAUGGUGUUGAUAAUGACAUGAUCAAUAUCAAGGGGACAGACUUUGGGUUGUCAGUGAAGAAGGGGGGUGUUGGCAGUGAGAACAUGCUGAAAGCCACCUGUGGGACUCCUAUCUACAUGGCUCCUGAGGUGAUCAAUGCUCAUGAGUACAGUCAGCAGUGUGAUGUGUGGAGUAUUGGGGUCAUCAUGUACAUGCUCAAAUGUGCCAACUUUGUGUUUGGCACCUGCGCUAAAGCCAACAGCUUGCAGAUAUCCCAUACAGGUGGCAAACUCUCCAGGCAGUCGAGUGCAAAUCGUCUCAGCCCACAGGACAAGAGCGAGACCCGCCCAACCUCUUCCCCAGUGGGGCCAGCUCCCAAACCAGCGGCCGGUCCAGGGAAGGCAGAGGCCCACAAAGACCUAGCAACAAUUUCACUGUAAAGCACCUGAUUCCUGUUGUUCAAACUAUCCCUGUUGCGUCUCUACUGACCUCUUAGGUUACCUGUCGUUUCUGUUAUGCUUAGUUACAUACUUUGUCUGCAUUUUCCAUAUCAAACUCACUGACGGUCUGAGUCGUUUCAAAAUACACUCAUUAAAAAGUAGAUGGGGAAACUCAAAGGGAAUGUUCAUCUCUCUUAUUUAUUCCGUUGGGUUUAAUUCAUGAUUUAUUAGUGGUUCACUGGGUUGUGUAGCUGUUAGUGUUUUCUAUGCACUGUAAAAGUAUACUUUUCUAUUUCUUUCAGUAUCCUAACGGGCAAAUUUGGUAUGAAAGAUCUUCAAAGUGCUUUGUUUUUCCCCACAAAUGUCAUUAACAUAAAACUAGUCCAACAACAUUCAUAGUCAGUGGCGACCAGGGGCGCAAGCUUGUCUGCUGUUUAUUCUUUUCAUGGAGCUGUUCUUAGGAUGAUUUAAGGAUGAUUGCCAGGCAUUAUGAGAAAAAACUAAUGUACAGAAACUCCAUUAAUUUGUGUUCAAUAA